UUCCCAUCCGCUAGCAGCAUGAUGGGAGGGCGAGGGAUGAUGUUCCAUUCAACGCGGGAACAGCUAAACAUCUUGGGAUGGAGAGCAGCUGCAAGCCUUGCUUGGUCGGUGCUGCUGCUUCCUCUGUGUAUUGCAGCCUUCAUCAGCAUUAGCAACAUCGACUUCUUCCACCCGGUACAAUGGAUCACAAGCUCAUUCAAUGACCUGUAUACCUCCUACGUUAUUUUCUGCAUACUGCUAAUGUCUGUGGUCAUACUGGUAAUAAGCAUCUUCAACGUUGAAUUUCAUGCAGUUGUUCCUUCUAUUCCUUGCUCUCGGUUAGCUUUGAUAAGCAAGAUUAUCCACCCGCAGCAAGUGAUCCAUUCUGUUGCUCAUGCUGUAAUGGGAAUGCUGGUAGCUUGGUGUGCAGCAGUUAUGACGAAGGGGAAGUUUCUUUUUUUAUCUGUACCCUGCACAGCUACAGAAAGUGUAGCUGAUGCUGAUCUGCACAUGUGCCUGAAUGAGUACCACCUCUUCCUCUUGCUUCUUGGAGCCUUUAUGGGUUACAGCUAUAGCCUUCGGUAUCUUGUUAACAAUUUGAACUACCUUCCAUUUCCAGUUAUACAGCAAUACAAGUAUCUGCGCUUCAGGAGAUCACUUCCGUUGCUUGCAAAGCAUAGUUGUGUGGAGUCACUUUAUAUGGUCAGAAACUUUUGUGCUGCUUACUAUUUCUUUGGUUAUAUUCCAAGGGCAUGGAUAAUUACCACAAUGAACCUUCAGACCGAUAGUAAACUUCAUCCUCUGGACACGAUGGCUGGUCUCUUGGAUUUGUCCCUUCUGUACCACAGCUGGCUAUGUGGUGUGUUUCUUCUGAUGACUUGGUACAUUGCAUGGCUGCUCUUCAGAAUCUAUGCCACUGAGGCACAUCACUUUCCUGUCCAGCCGACUUUUGCGGAAGAAACCGAUCAGUGUCUACCUAAAAUUUUAAGCAGCAACCCCCCACCUCUUUUAAAGUUCUUGGCUUUACAGGACUUGAUGUUCCUUUCCCAGUAUUCUUCUGUGCGACGCCAAGAGGUCUUCAGCCUUAGCCAGCCAGGUGGACACCCUCACAAUUGGACUUCAAUCUCCCAGGAGUGCUUGAAACUUUUAAAUGAUCUGACACAGAAACUGAUAAUGCACCAGGAGGCUGCAGCUGCAAACGGGAGGCUGAAACAGCCAUCUGUGGGGGACUUGAGACAGCCCUCCAGCCCUCCAGGAGCAGCUGCUGAAGAAACAUCAUUUCACACUCCAAGGUCCAUUAUGCUUCCUCGAACCCAAAUGCCUUCUCUGGUCAAAUCAUAUAUGUUGCCUUUGAAAACACCCUCCUCUUCUGACGUCAGAAGCAAUUUAGGGUCACCUUUCACUCCUCUGAGUAGCAAGGCUGGCGUGCUGGAUUUAAACUCUCCUUGGAAUGGAUCUGUCCAAAGUCCCCAUGUUAUGAGGAGAGGACCAAAAUUAUGGACAAGUAGUUCAGAUCUGCAGUGGACAGCCUCUUCUCCUGAACUCUACCCAAUGGGUGCUGUUGCAGGCGGUGCAAAUGAAGCAGUACAACCAAGUUUUAUCUAUACGUGGUUGCAGAGCAAGAAAGAGCAGAUCAAAAGCUUCUUAUCAAAGCGAGUACUGGUCAUGUACUUUUUCAGCAAGAACCCCGAGGCUUCAAUUCAGGCUCUCUUUUCUGAUACCCAAAUGCAUAUUUGGGCUUUGGAAGGUUUGUCGCAUCUCAUAGCAGCUUCAUUUACCGAAGACACAUAUGGAGUUGUCCAAACAACACUGCCUUCUAUUCUGAAUACGUUGCUAAUUCUUCAAGAGGUGGUAGACAAGCAGUUCAAGCUUCCUCAUGUUUCCAGCAAACCCCCUCGGAUUUCAGGAAGUCUGGCAGACACUUCCUACAAAACCCUUCGAUUUGCCUUGAGAGCGUCGCUGAAAACUGCAAUCUAUCGGAUCGUCACCACUUUUGGAGAGCACUUAAAUGCCGUGCAAGUAUCUGCAGAAGUCAAGAAAAGACUCCAGCAGUUCCUGGAGUUCAAGGAAUAGUUCAAGUCAAACUGCCUGUGCUGUUAACACAGAUCGAAAGAAAGUGAAACUGAUCUGAUCUGUCCUACUGACUUUCCAGAGGUGUACUUUAAUUGCAAGUCGCGGGGUGGCUAAACUGUCAACAAAAGUACUUGAAACACUUGGAAUACGUUAUUCGACAUUUUGUAUAAUAAAGUGAUUUUUUUUUAAAAAAAAGAAUGGUGGUCUGCAGUAGUUGAAUGCUGUUAUGA